AAGCGAGUGGCGUUAUUGUUUCUUUGCCCAGCAAAGAUGCUUCGAAAUGUGUCACUGUGCCUGAGGUAAAGAGGUGCAGAGUAGCAAGAGAGAGACAGAAAGGAAGGCGGGACACCGACAACCCGAGCAGACGCUAUGGCUUCUGUUUCGCUCAUCGUUUAUUUAUACAUCAUCAUUUUUUGUAGGAUUUUCAAGAAAUGCGAUGCCUCAGAAAAUGACACUAAAGCACACGGAGCUGCAGCCACGGGGGACGUCGUUAUUGGAGGAAUAUUCCCCAUUCAUCGAGGCGUUGCCACGAACGAGCAGUCCUUUGCGCCCCACGUUCACACAUGUGUUGGGCUGAAAACCGUAACGGUGGCGCUCACUCUGGCUAUGAUCAAUGCAAUCGAGAAGAUGAAUCGGUCUCCUUUGCUGAUGGACGCCAACGUCACGCUGGGCUAUCAGAUCCAGGACUCCUGCACGGACGUCAGCACCGGUCUCAGGGCCACCGCUGACUUCAUCCAGCAGGCGCAGUGCGACGCCACAUGCGAGCAGCCGGUGGUCGCCAUCAUCGGCGCUGCUUUUUCCGAAAUGUCUAUCGCUGUUGCCAGGCAACUGACCCUCGACAUGAUCCCUCAAAUAAGUUACUCGUCGACAGCUGUGACUCUGAGCGACAAGCGGCGUUUCCCGAGCUUCAUGAGGACGGUUCCUAACGACGAGCACCAGACGGCCGCCAUGGUCAGGCUUCUCAACCUCAACGGCUGGAACUGGGUGGGAAUAGUCGUCACGGAUGGCGAUUACGGCCGCUCGGCACUCGAGCGCUUUGCAUCUCAAGCGUCUUUGAAUGGGAUCUGUAUAGCGUUCAGAUCCAUCCUUCCCCAUUCUGGUACAGAGGAGGCUGUAAACUCCGCUAUCAAACGGACUGCGUUAACCAUCUCCCGGAACCCAAAGGCACAGGUGAUCAUCUCCUUUGCAGCGUCAACUCACAUGAGAGACCUUUACCAGGAGAUGAAGAAUACGAUGCUGAAAACAGGACAAAUCAUGGGGGGGAUGAAAAGAGUGUGGGUGGCUAGUGAUAGCUGGUCCUCCUCAGGCAACGUGCAGGGGGACUUAACUUUGGAAGAAAUCGGACACGUCGUGGGAUUCAACUUCAAAACAGGAAACAUGUUAUCUUUCUACGAGUACCUGAGCCAGCUGGAGACGACCGGAUAUAACAACACACGCAAUAACACCUUCUUGGAAGAAUUCUUCAAGCUGGUCAAUGAAAGUAGACUUUCUGGAGACACUGACCUGGUGUCUGAAGUCGUGAAGACCCUCAAAGAAAGCACAAACAAGGCCUUAACCUUGAGUGUCGAAAUGGCUGUGAGUGCCAUCGCUCAAGCUGUGGCCUCCAUCUGCAGGAGCAGAGACUGCAAGACACCAGGCAGCCUGCAACCCUGGGAGGUACUGGAAGCGCUUUGGAUGCAUGAAUUUGAGCAUCAAGGCAAGACGUAUGCGUUUGACAACCAAGGAGACAUCAACCAAGGUUACGACGUCACCAUGUGGACGUCACUCGAAGGGAAAAUUCAGAUUAAGGACGUGGUGGCGGAGUACCUCACGCAUGACAACAGCUUCAUUGUGAUGGACAGCGACACCGCCAAGCGUUUUCAGGAUUUGCAGCAAAUUGUCUCAAGAUGUUCCAAUAGCUGCAUGCCUGGGGAGUUCAAGAAAACAGCCGAGGGUGAACACACUUGUUGUUAUGAAUGCAUCAACUGUACUGAGAAUUACUUCUCCAAUGACACAGAUAUGGACCAGUGUCUGAGCUGUGACGUCAGCAAAGAGUGGUCUCCCAAGGGAAGUUCCACCUGCUUGCCCAAAAGGCUGAUCUACUUUUCGUGGCACGACCGCUUCGCUGUGGUCCUCCUGACCUUCUCCUCUCUGGGCAUCCUGCUGGUUGUGAUGGUGUCGGCUCUGUUUCUGCAUCAGCGAGACACCCCUGUGGUGAAGGCCGCCGGAGGCCCCUUGAGCCAGGUCAUCCUCUUUUCUCUGGUCGUCAGUUUCAUCAGCGCCGUGUUGUUUGUCGGCAAGGCCAACCACCUCCAGUGUAAAAUGCGACAAGUGCUCUUUGGCAUCAGCUUCACUCUAUGUGUGUCUUGCAUCCUGGUCAAAUCCCUGAAGAUCCUUCUGGCAUUUCAGUUGAACAUAAACGUGCAGGGUGCUCUGCGGAAAGUCUACCAGUCCGCCUUAAUUGUCAUCGUGUGCGUGGGCGUACAGGCUGCUAUUUGCAUCUGCUGGCUGGUCCUCAAAAGCCCUUACAGUCACAUUAUUUUGCAACCCCAAACUAUUUUGCAAGAUUGUUAUGAGGGGUCGUAUUUGAUUUUUGGGGUGAUGCUGGGGUAUAUAGCCCUGUUGGCUUUUGUUUGUUUCAUCUGUGCAUUCAUCGGCCGUAAAUUACCACAGCGGUACAACGAGGCCAAAUUCAUCACCUUCAGCAUGCUGCUGUACCUCAUCUCAUGGCUGCUCUUUAUCCCCGUUUACAUCACUACAUCUGGAGUGUAUCUUCCAGCUGUGGAGAUGGUGGUCAUUCUCAUGUCCAACUACGGAAUCUUAGGCUGUCAUUUCUUCCCAAAGUGCUACAUCAUGCUUUUUAGGAAAGACCAAAACACCUGUAGUGCUUUCAGGGAAAAGCUCUACCAGUAUAACGUCAAAAGUACAGAUUCUGUUUAUGUGUCUGGAAGCUCCACGUCAGAGAAAUCAUUCGGCAGUCAGACUGUCAGCUCUUGCUCGUCCUUGUCCUUGCCCAAAGAUGAUAUCAAACCUGCUGUGGAGAAAAGAGAUAUUUGCAAAGUUUCCUACAAAGGUCCAAUCAAUAAAUUUGGCUUCCACAGAAGAAGCAUCAGCUUCUAGACUGUCGAGAACUAAAAACUCUUCAUGCGGUCAUCUUGGGCAUUAAAUCACAACAUUUGGAAACCAGUCCCGGCAGUUUUGGAACACUUUGGAACAGUUUGCCUGUUCACGCAAAGGUGUGCAUGCGUGGUGAGGGUGGGCACAUUUCUGAAAAGUAACAAUUUAAGAGGAAGAAGAAGAACAAUUUAUUUCAGAGUAGGUCUGUACGUGUAAAAGUGGUCAUCCCUGCACAUGACGGGCUCGAACCGGCGACCACAUAAGUCCACUGAUUGAUAGUAAUAUCUGGCAGCGUUAGCCAGUGAGCUAAAAGGAAACAGGCUGUCAGUUCACUGUGCUGCAUGUUUAACCAACGUACUCUCGCAACCCCGCUAGUGUUGUGGAGUAUUGAGAAGCACAAACGAGACAAAAAGAACCAAAUCAAGACAUGCAGCACAAAGAGUUAAAUUCUAAACGAUUACAAUGACGUGGAUUAACAGAACUUUCUCCUCGUGUAGAUAUCCUUCCUGUUACCGGAAGCAGAGCUUCUUGGCAGGAAUAAGGGACACGCGUCACACAAAGGGAAACAAACAUAUUUUGCAAGGCCGCUGUCUUCUUUAGUGCAAUUUCCCAGAAAUAUUCAUUCUUCAAUAUAGGUCACCCCUUUUUGGGGGGGUCCCAAAACCCCCAAAACAAUACAAAAAUUUCCCCUGUUUAUACCUUUCUGUCCCAGUGUCAGUUUAACUUGGCCGCUUCUUGGCAUCUAUUACACAUGCCCUUCCAUUCAAAUGUUAAAAAGUUUAUAAGGUGUUGUUUUAAGCUGACGUUUUGCGGCUCCAGACUAUUCUUCUUUAGUGGCCGAGGGGGCAAAACGGCUCUUUUGAUAGUAAAGGUUGCCGACCCCUGCACUAGUGUAAUACUGCAUCAGAUAUGUUUUCAUUAGCCAGGCCCAGCAGGUUGACAUAAGACAAGCAUAAGAGAUUGGUCUUGGCUUUCUCAAAGUGAGUCAUGAUUAAGAAGCGUCAAUCAAAAUGUUGACUUUGAAAGGCAUUUCGGAAUGUGGACGAGCGAACCACGUUCUGUUCUCGUCAUGCAGAGAUAUAAUUAUCACUGGAUCUUAUUCACAAACAAGAAGAGCCCUUCUGGUCAGUGUGACAAGUGAAAGCCACAUCAUCCACAUUGUAUUGGGUGUGACCUGUUUACUGCAGCUGCUUAAACCUUUUAAUGAACUUUAAUUAAACGUGUCAGUGAUGGCAACAAUGCCAAAUCUACAGUGAAUCACUCCCUCCCUUUGUGUCCCGCGCAAAGCAGCCACAAAUUCAUAACCCUUUUGACUUGCUGUUAGUUGUGUGAAAGAUCAUUCACACAACUCACCAAACGAACCGAACCAACUAACCAAACUAACUAGGGGCGCCACGAGACGUGACAAGGUUUCUCAUUCAGAAAAAAAACAGUCUCGCGAUAAUAAAUAAGGUUAAACCUGUCUUAGCGGCCACCUGUAUAGAACGGCCACCUGCCUAUAGCGGCUCGAUAAUUUGGAUAUUGUCACGUCCGGGCAACCGGGCGGUGGGCGCGUCCGCCCGCGUGUCUGUUUUGCUGGUCUCUCGCCUCCAAACAGGCAGGAAGACACAGUUGAAAAGCCAGCAUUUCCAGAAAUGCUGCAAAUGUUUGAUAGACAGUACACAUUUCCUGUGCGAAAACGUCCCAACUCAUGUCAAAAGACCUAUGGGUGUUUUUGUUUUUUUUUAAAAGCCAAUUUUUCCAUAAUGCCACAUUGUAUGCAGCAAAAUCCCUAUUGAAAAUUAAUUUUCAAAAAUAAUUUUUACACAUUUGUCUCACAUUUCUGAACCAUGUCAAACUAUUCUAACAUGAAAACAUUGGGACUAAUAAUUGCCCGUAUCCUUUGAUCGUAAGAAUCGGUACUACGUCCACAUCUGUCAAUCGAUUCAAACCAUUCCAACACAAAAAGUUAUACAUUUUUCAAGAUUUUUCCCCGGGAUUCCAUAUUUUCAAUCAAAUGGAAUUUUUCUACAUUCCUCAACCCAAUCAAAGCAUUCCAGCAUCAAAAAAUUUAGGCGGACAAUUUUGUACUUUCCGAAAUUCUCCAGCUCUUCAGCGUUCACAUUUAAUUUCUACAGAAAUUGCUUUCUGUAGUUACUAUUUUCCACUACAGUCGUCCCUCGUUUAUGGCGGUUAAUUGGUUAAAGUAUUAUUCAGUAUUAAUUAAUGGAAUAUUUUCGUAGUGAGAGCAUAGAAAACCUGUUUAUGACCUUCUAAAUAUGCUUUUUUACCAUUAUUAGAGCCCUCUAGACAUGGAAUAACAUCCCUACAGUCACCUUUACACUCCUAUUACCCAAUAUAGUAGACAUAAGAAUAGAAAAUAGGCCAUUUUAGACAUUAAUAAGAUACUCGCAUUGACAGCAUACUUCCUGGUGGCUAUUGUCUCAUCAAUGCGACAUCACUAACACUUAGACACUUAGAGACCAGUGUAGAAUACUACUCUGGAGAACACGUGCAUUGAACAUCGACACAGGAGCUGCUGACACAGGAGCUGCUGUCGGCCACACUCUCAGCAGACAGUCAACUCUUGCUAGAUGACGUCCCACAUGUCACUGACCAGGCCCUGCUCCUCAAACAAGCCGUAUUGCACUUCAUAUCACAUCUUUUAAAUGCCUUUCAUUUGUAUUUUCGUUCAUUUAGCCAUUUUUAUGCUUGAAAAUGCUUAAUUAUAUGUACAAUUUGCUUAUAUAUUCUUUUUUUUUUUUACUAAUAACAGACCACAUUGAACCACGAAACAGCAAUCAUUUAUUCAUUAAUUCAUUUUUGAGAAACCGCCAUGUGUUGAGGGACGACUGUUUUCCCAGAAGAAGAACCACAUCAAAUUUUGGUGAGAAACUGGAUACAGGCGUAGAUGCAACUUUUGUUUUCACUUUUGCAAAAACCGCAAGGACAUUUUUGGAGAUUUUUCUUCCUUAUGAAUGAUGCAACAUACCGAACGCAGGUGGUGGUGGUUUAUGAACGUGUUCAGUGACGACACAAAACUCUGGCACAAAACCAGCAUUCCUGGUGUCACAAAACAAUGGAACCCAUAUAAAGCCACACCCAUCUGUGCUUGAAAUAAAACGAUGGAGGAUAUAAACGCACAGAUGGCAUUUGUGAUGCAUUUUCUAAAAUGCUAAUAAUAUUAAUGACCGAGAUGUUACGCCUGGGGUGUCCAAAGUGUGGCCUUUAUGGCCCACGUCUGUUCUUUUUUUAUUGGCCCGCGGCACAUUCUAAAAAUAGAAUUUAACCAACAACAGCAAAAAUGGGAAAAAACAGCACUAACCUUACAAGAAUAAAGUCAAAAUAUUAACUCAUUCAAUCCCAGCCAUUUUUCAAAAGACAACCCCUUCAGUAGCGGCCAUUUUAGACCAUUUUGACUACUGAUCUUUCCAGGCACACAGAAUAUUGUGUUGUAUGGUUAUAUAAACAUGGAACCUACCAAAAGAAACAUUAGGCUCUCAUCUUUCAUCAGGAAAAAAUAGUUUGUUUCUACCUUCUUCCAUUCUCCAGUAAUCAGCAGUAGAACAAAGGUAAGUUUCAGGAAAAUAUCAGUUGCCGACUAAAAAGGGGAGGAAAAACAGCUUUUUGUGAAACGAUACAUUUCAAGCAUAACUUUCACUUUGACACAAUUUUUGCUUUUGUGACAGCUCAAACAUCUAAACACAACAAAAACAGCACAAAAAAAGCUUGUUUUACAUCAAAAUAACAAUCUAUUUACCACCAUGAACUAUUUACAAUGAUCACUUUUGGAGCUCAACUGCGUUAAACAGUGCGUAACCUUCUGCACGCUACACUUCUCGACGCUCUCCUUCCUGUCGUGUGUGAAACACACACAGAAGAAACAAACACACACUUAUCAAGUGCACUUCUGCCACCUUGUGGCCGUUUUUAUGGCUUCAAAUUGCUCUGAAGUGCAAUGCAUUAGUGGGGAGUUGCGUCAUCACCUCUUAUAAACACGUCGUUGGCAUCGGGUGUUCGUGUUUAUAAAAACGUUUAAAUACGUCUGGUAUUGAAUGAGUUAAGAGAAAAAAGUUGUACUCUUUGUAGACAGAACCAGAGUUGGCCGCCCAAGUCCAGGUCGCCCAGGCGCCCGCCCUCGACCGCCACCCAAAACACAUAGCACCGGUCCCUUAUGCUUGCCCCCGCAGGUGGUGGGUCUACGAGGAGUGAGAGCCCGUGUGGCUUCUUCGGGCUGCCACCAGGCGCUCGCCUGCAAGCCCCUCCCCCGGGCCUGGCUCCAGGGUGAGGCCCCAGUAUCCCACCAUGAUAAGGUGGUGGUUCAUGGAGGAGACCUACAGUAUGUACUUCAAAAACCAAAAAUGAUGUCUACGCCGGUCAAGUGAUUGUGACACAGAACAGUGUUGCGUGUCAUACAUCUCCUCUCCGAAAUACGUAACCCCAACCCCUAACCUAACCCUAACCCUAAAUCCCUAACCUAACCCUAACCCCAACCCCUAACACUAAUCCUAAACCUAACCCCUAUCCCUAUCCACUUCUACACAAGCAUGAAAUCACAUUCUAACCCCAACCGUCUAACCCCCCCAACCCCAACCCUAACCACGGCAAUCAUGAAGCCACACGUGAUGACGUUCAUUGUCAUCACAAACAAUGAAUUCUUCCAUUGUUAGAGUGAGAGCGCCUCAGGCUUUGCCAUCAAGUUUCACGUGCCCUAAAAAUCCCAGACUCUCUGGACUCGCCCGUCUGGUUGUGCAAGCGACGCGAAGCAGACGGAAGGAGGCUGCGAGCCAAGAGAAGCAACUUUUCCUCGUGUACAUUCCAGCAAAAAAGUCCCUGACAUCCCUUUCACUUUCUCUCGUGGACGCAAGGAAAUGCAAAGAGUCUGAUACCAAGUAAACAGAAGGCCAGUAUUGCUGAUACUGAUAGUGAUACUUCCAACACGGCUCGGCACUCUUCUUCUGCAAACCCACACCCCAACAGCCCAACCCCUCAAUCGCAGCUCAGCACCACACACGACACCCCCGCCGCUACAUCUCCCCAAACAGUAGAAACUGAAAUAAAAUGUGCACAAAUGGAGGAAACAAGAUGUACAACUUGAAUAUGCUUCAGUGCUUCCAGCAAGGUAUCGCUCUUUUGCAGAGCGAUGCAUUUUUAUUGAUUGCUCAUCUUUUGCGGUUUGCUGCUUUAGAUGCUAAUUGUGCAAUAUUCCAAAGGUGUUACAGGUACAAACUGUAUACGUGCAAUAUUCGACGUCUUACGACUACGCAGCUAUUUGUAUUUACUAAAGUAGCGGUCUUGUUUUUUACCUUUAGGCUUGGCUACACGUUGUUAUUUAUGAUAGCUUUAUUUUCAUAUUGCACUCUUGGUGCUGUAGCGAGUGGAUUUCUGACACUGAAAUGUAUUGUAUGUUCGCUGUGUAUGCAAAAGAAUAAAAGAAACUCGU